AUGUCUGCUGCCGUCGCUCCGCAGCACCGGCCCGGCGCUCCAAAUUGCGCGCCUCCGCAGACGACUCGCCAGCCCGACUGGAACACAUUUUACAAAAAUGGCCUGCCAAAAGAAGUCAUUGUGAUUGAGGACUCGCCCGAACCGACCCCGAACUACGCCAGCGGCCGCCCAGCGCUGCCGCCGUCGGCCACAGAGGGCGCCCUUUCGACCGCGAGAAAGCGAAAGGCACAGGAGCGUCUGGACGUCGGCUCGGUCAGCAACGGCACGACGAAUGGUACAGGCCUGUACCCGAGCCAUACUGAGUCCAACUUCGGGCGGAAGAGGCGGAGAGUGGGCGACAGCCCGGGCGACGGCACGCGAAGCUCCGCCCAGAGUGUGGCGUCGACCAAGAGGCCGAGAUACGCAGAGUACAAACCGCCGCGGAUACCGGCGAGACGAGUUCUGAACGCCGAGAUUCGAGUCGUUCGCGAUGAAAAGAGCCACGGCAGUGCCGCGUCCGUCGACGACGAAGACGGGCACUUUAUCAUUAUCCCCGAGCAGCGUGUCGGACGACAAUAUCGCGUCGAGAAACUUCUUGGGCAGGGCACGUUUGGCAAGGUUGUCAAGGCGUACGACAUGGUCCGCCAGGAGCACGUCGCCCUGAAGAUUAUCCGCUCAAUUCAGAAAUACCGUGAUGCCGCGCGAAUAGAGCUUCGCGUUUUACAAACCCUUCGCAGCAACGACCCCGAAAACCGAUAUCGAUGCAUUCAUCCGCGGGACAGCUUCGACUACAAAGGCCACAUCUGCAUCACCAUGGGCUUGCUGGACUCGAGCAUCUUUGAUUUUCUCAAGGCCAACAACUUCGCGCCCUUUCCCAACAGCCACAUCCAAAACAUGGCCCAUCAGCUUCUCACCAGCGUUGCUUUCUUGCAUGAUCUUAAACUUGUGCACACGGAUUUGAAACCGGAAAAUAUUCUUCUUCACGACGCCUCCUAUCAGGCCUUUACAUAUAACCGCAACAUACCAUCCGUCUCGACGGCGACGUGUCGGCAAGUCAAGCAAAGACGAGUCAUGCUGAAGCCCGAUAUUUGCCUCAUUGAUUUUGGCUCUGCGACGUUUGAAGACGAGUACCAUAGUUCGGUCGUCUCAACCAGGCACUACAGAGCUCCAGAGGUCAUUCUUAGUCUCGACUGGUCGUAUCCGUGCGAUAUUUGGAGCAUUGGAUGUAUCCUGGUCGAAUUGUUUACGGGGGACGCUUUGUUUCAGACACAUGAGAACAGGGAGCACCUCGCUAUGAUGGAAGCCGUCUGCGGUCGUCCAAUUGAUCGGGGCUUGAUACAGCGGGCAAACAAGGCAUUCAAGACUGCCAAGCCCGGAACACUCAACUAUUUCAAGCGGUUGAAGCUUGAAUACCCAGUCCCGGAGACGACGAGAGCAUCGAGACGGUUUGUGAAUAAUAUGAAGAAGCUAGAGGUUCGUGACGACUGGCUAGAAAGGACCAUAUUUUGGCAGCUAACCUUUGAGCAGGAUAUCAUUCCGCCUACGAAUACGUUUCUGUCCGGCUUCCUGGACCUGCUGCGCAAAAUGUUUGCCUUUGACCCCAACAACCGAAUCACGGCAAAGGAGGCGCUGCAGCACCCCUGGUUCCAGGAACAUACCCGCGAUGACGGGACCGAAGCGGCGAGACUGCACGCUGAGCGUACUUCUACUGCAAGAUGA